AACUGUAAUGUCUUGUUGCUAUGGUCAUGGCUUGCAGAAUGUGGGCUGUGAGUAUCGUCUAAAUUUGUCAGUUUGUCUGAAACUCUAUUGAUUCUGUAUUGUUGACACCGGAUGAAUAAAGUCUGUGUUAACAGGAUUUUAUACAGUGGAACAAAACUUUCCUGUUCAAGUAUAGAAGGAACAUCCCAUUUAACUGAAAGUUGGUUGGUAUGCUUCAAAGAUCCUAGAAACUGAAGCUGGGGCAUUCAAUGCAGGAAACAGACUGCAAAGACAAAGAAGAGAUGCAGAAUCUGUGUGCUACAAAUGGGAGAACAGAGCAGUGCUGUUGGGAGCACAGACGGAGACUGGAGCUGUUCUGCCAGGAGGAUGAGGCCUUUGCCUGUGUCCUGUGUGUUCCCAGCCAUUCCGGUCACAGUUUUGUGUUCCCGCAUGAUGUAGUCAGUGUGCAUAAGGACAAGCUGAAAACAUCAUUGUCAUCCCUGGAACUAAAAGUCAGAGAUCUUAAAGAUUUACAAACCAAGAAUGAGACAGAAUUCCUGGAGAUACAAGCUCCAGAAUCCUUUGAGGAUGUUGCUGUUACUUUCUCAGCAGAGGAGAUGAAGAUGUUAACAAAACAAGACAAGGAGCUUCAUAAGGAAGUGAUGAUAGAGAACUAUGAAACCUUAGUUUCAGCAGGUUACAAGAUCCCCCCAGAGGCAUUGCUAGUACUACUUAAAGAAGAUAACACUGAACUGCCAGUGAAUGACAAGGAGGGGAUAAACAGAACAGAACACAAGAAUAAUUUUAAAGAAAAUCCAGGCAGCAAUGGGAGCAGCGAAUGGAGCAUGUGCAGGAGUCAGCAGCCAUCACUUGGAGUAUCUCUAUUACAUUAUCCUACAGAGAACCUGCAGCACUCUGUUCAAACUCUGAAGGGCUCCGACAAGCAUCCUGUUAUACCUGUAGCACAGCUUUGUACAGGAUACACCUGCAACAUGAACUCUGAAUGUGAUCAAAGUUCUAUAGUACAGCGAAGUCCAUUAGUACAUCAGAGCGCUCACAAAGAAAAGAAACCAUAUAAAUGUCCUGAAUGCAAUAAGUGUUUCAAACAAAGGAGUGCUGUAGUACAACAUGAAAAGACUCAUGAGAGUAGUGAGGGUAAGAAACCAUAUAAAUGUGCUGAAUGUAGUAAGGGAUUCUCAACAGCUGGUAACCUUAGAAAUCAUCUGUCAGUUCACAGUGGGGAGAAACCAUAUAAAUGUCCUGAAUGCAAUAAGUGUUUCAGACGAAGGUGGAAUUUAGUAAUACAUGAAAGGACCCACAUGAGGGAGAGACCAUAUAAAUGUCCUGAAUGUAGCAAGGGUUUCACAACAACUAGUCACCUUAGAAUUCAUCUGUUAGUUCACAGUGGGGAGAGACCAUAUAAAUGCUGUGAAUGCAAUAAGUGUUUCAUACAAAGGAGUGCUCUAGUACAACAUGAAAGGACACACAAGAGUCAUAAAGGUGACAAACCAUAUAAAUGUGCUGAAUGCAGUAAGGGAUUCACAAAAGCUAGUAACCUUAGAACUCAUCUGUCAGUUCACAGUGUGGAGAAACCAUAUAAAUGUCCUGAAUGCAGUAAGUGUUUCAGAGAAAGGAGUGCUCUAGUACAACAUGAAAGGACUCAUGAGAGUCAUGAGGGUAAGAAACCAUAUAAAUGUGUUGAAUGCAGUAAGGGAUUCUCAACAGCUGGUAACCUUAGAAAUCAUCUGUCAGUUCACAGUGUGGAGAAACCAUAUAAAUGUCCUGAAUGCAAUAAGUGUUUCAGACGAAGGUGGAAUUUAGUAAUACAUGAAAGGACCCACAUGAGGGAGAGACCAUAUAAAUGUCCUGAAUGUAGCAAGGGUUUCACAACACCUAGUCACCUUAGAAUUCAUCUGUUAGUUCACAGUGGAGAGAAACCAUAUAAAUGUCCUGAAUGCAAUAAGUGUUUUGUACAAAGGAGUGCUCUAGUACAACAUGAAAGGACUCAUGAGAGUCGUGAGGGUAAGAAACCAUAUAAAUGUGCUGAAUGCAGUAAGGGAUUCACAACAGCGGGUAAUCUUAGAAAUCAUCUGUCAGUUCACAGUGGGGAGAAACCAUAUAAAUGUCCUGAAUGCAAUAAGUGUUUCAGACAAAGGGGGAAUUUAGUAAUACAUGAAAGGACCCACAUGAGGGAGAGACCAUAUAAAUGUCCAGAAUGUAGCAAGGGUUUCACAGCAACUAGUCACCUUAGAAUUCAUCUGUCAGUUCACAGUGGGGAGAAACCAUAUAAAUGCCCCGAAUGCAAUAAGUGUUUUAGACAAAAGGGGGAUCUUGUAAUACAUGAAAGGAUUCACAUGAGGGACAGACCAUAUAAAUGUCCUGAAUGUAGCAAGGGUUUCACAACAGCUAGUGCCCUUAGAAUUCAUCUGUCAGUUCACAGUGGGGAGAGACUGUAUAAAUGUUGUGAAUGCAAUAAGGGUUUUGUACAAAGGAGUGCUCUAAUGCAACAUGAAAGGACUCACAUGGGGAAGGGGGAGAAACCCCAAAAGUCAGAAGCUUGAUAAAACAAAUGAGCACGGUAAUUAGGGCUGUCCAUAGUGAUCCAUGCAAUAUA